UUAGGAAUUAUGGGGUUUAAACAUGAAUGUGGACUUUAUAAUUAUUUUUAUGUAAUGCAAUUUGGAACCUUUGAAGAAUUUAUAGAUCACGUGAAAACAAAAAUUAUUAUUGUAGAUGGUAAUAUUGAGCCUGUGCCCAAAAAAACUGUUAAAAACACAUUGGUUGACUCAGAUCAUCCAGAAUCUACUAAAAGUGACGAGAAAAUCAAAACGAAUGACGAUACCGAUAGUAAUGAGAUUUUACCAAACAAAAUAAUCGACCAUGCAAAUUCGGGUAACCAAGAUGAUGGAACAUCUAAAAUUUCUGAAAACAAAACUACUGACACCGCGGUUGAUAAUAAUGUGACUUUACCAGAAACAAUAAGUAAUUUAAUUUUUAAUUUAUAUAAAAAAAACUCUAUUCAGGUUAAAAUUGAACGACUUUCGUGGACGUAUAGACUGAGUUGUCGAUCAGCGUAUGACCCCCCGGUGAUUACUAUGGGUUUUUUUAUUGGGGAUAAUCAUAUCCGCGGUAGCCAAUGAUCAUCAGUGCUACUG